AUGGCAAACGGCCCCGUGGUUACGGCCCCCAAUGCGCCCGAACAACUCGCCUCUCUUCUAAAGGAUAUCAACGGUCACAGUGCAGCAUUCAGCAAUGGGGAUGCUAAUUCUAGGCUGAAGCUGGUGGCAGCAGCUCAAUCGCUACUGCAAGCGAUGGAAACCCCUCAGGAGACGAUACUCCGCUAUAUUUGGGCACAGCCUGCUACCUUCGCAGCAAUUGAGACCUGUAUCGAUCUGAACAUAUUCGCCCUCAUCUCCUGGAAUGGCAGGUCGAAGUCCGUGGCAGACCUGGCGAAGGCGACAGGCGUAGAGCCGGAAAUCCUUGGACGACUGUUAAAGCACCUCGGAGCAGUGGGAGUCAUCACCGAAACAGGGUAUGAUGAAUAUCGCGGAACACGAUUCUCCUCCACCCUAGCCAUGCCCCGAUACAGCGACACAUUCCCAUGCAUAACCGGAAGCACCCUCCCCGCAAUCCUCGCCAUCCCGACCUGGCUCAAAGAGAACAACUACCGCAGCCCAACAGAAGGCACAAACUCGCCCUUCAACGUAGGCUUUCAAACAAACAGCCACUUCUUCGAAUACCUCCAGACCAACAACCCGCGGUACCCCAGCCUCCCCGCCCAAUUCAACUCGCUCAUGUCCACCUACCACCACGGCCGACCCAGCUGGACAGACGAGGGCUUCUACCCGGUCCAAGAACGGCUCAUCCACGGAGCCAAAACCGCCCACAACGACGCAGUCUUCCUCGUCGACGUCGGCGGCAACAAAGGCCACGACCUGGAGCGGUUCUACGCCAGAUAUCCCAGUGCCCCAGGCCGACUCAUCCUGCAAGACCGGCCCGCCGUACUCGCCGAGUUUUCCAGCAGCCACGACGACAAGCCGUUCGAGCCCAUGGUGCAUGACUUCUUCACGCCGCAGCCGGUGCGUGGCGCGCGCGCAUACUUCCUGCACUCUGUGCUACACGACUGGAAUGACGAGCUGUGCGUGUCAAUCUUGCGUAAUUUGGCGGCCAGUAUGACGCGCGGAUAUAGCAGGCUGCUUAUCUAUGAGAAUGUCAUCCCUGAUACUGGGGCGCAUUGGCAGGCUACGUCGCUGGAUAUUGUCAUGAUGGCUGAUGUGGCGGCUAAGGAGCGCACUGAGCGGCAGUGGAUAUGGACUGUUCCUUCUUGUGUUGAUGGGCUGAUUGAAUGCGAGUUGGCGUGA